AUGGAGACGGCGAAUCUCACAGACCUGGACACACACAUGGAGGACCACACUCAGCAGGAGGAGUCGGUCGUUGAGCAACUGCAGGAGAAGCGAGACGAUAUCACAGAGCAGAAGAUCAAGCUAGAGCAAGAGCAGCUGAAGGAGGAAAUUCGUCUUGAUGAGCAACUGAAACGUCUGCAAGCGGUCAGGGCGAGGUCCAAAAGACUGAAGGAGCAGGACAAGCUUCUGGAGGAACAGCAGAAACAGGCCAGCCGCCUGCAGAAGCAGCAGGAGAAGGAACUGCUUCAGCAGCAGAAGGAAGAGCAAGCUCUGCAGCACAAGAAAAAGAUUCAACAGCAAAAGGAAGAGGCUAAAUGUUUGCAGGAGAAGAAGAAGCUUGAGCAACAGCAGAAGGAGGCCAUGCUCCAGCAGAAGAAGAAAGAGGAGAAGGAGCUUCUGAAGGCAGAGAAGGAAGCCAAACUGCUGCAGGAGGAGCAGGAGAAGAAGGAGAAGCAUUUGCGGCGGCAGGCGGCGGCUCAACUCCAGCAGGAGAAGAAGAAGCAGCUGCGGGAGCAAAAGGAAGCAACUGAAAUCGAUGAGCAGAUCACAAAGCAGAACAAAGAAGAGAAGGAGCUUCUGAAGCGGCAGAGGGAAGCCAAACUCCAGGAGGAGCAGAAGGAAAGGUUUCUGAAGCUGGAAGAAAAGAUUCUGCAGGAAGAGAAGAAGUGUCAGCAGAAAGAGGCUAAACGACAGCAAGACCCCCAGGAACAGAAGGGCAAGCGUCUGCAGCAGGACACCAAACCUCAGCAGGAGCACCAGGAGAAAGAGAAGAAAAAACUCCAGCAGCAGGAUAAGACCAAACCUCUGCAGAAGCACCAGGAGAAGGCGGAGAAACAACUCCAGCAGCAGGAUAAGACCAAACCUCUGCAGAAGCACCAGGAGAAGGCGGAGAAACAACUCCAGCAGCAGGAUAAGACCAAACCUCAGCAGAAGCACCAGGAGAAGGCGGAGAAACAACUCCAGCAGCAGGAUAAGACCAAGCUGCUGGAGGUGAAGAAAAAGUUUCAGCAGCUGCACAAGGAGACGAAGCAUCUACAGGAGCAGCACAAGCAGCAGGAACAGCUGAAGCGCCAGCAGCACGAGGAGGAGGCCAAACGUCUUCAGGAGAAGAAGGAGGAGGCGACAGCCAGGCUCCUGCAGGAGCAAACGAAGCGUCAGCAGGAGCUCAAGAAGGAGGCCAAAGUCCAGCAGGAGCAGAUGAAGCUUGCGCAGCAACAACAGAAGCAGGCCAAAGUCCAGCAGGAGCAGCAGGAGAUGAAGCUUCUUCUUCAGCAACAGAAGGAAGAGCAAAUUCUUCAGGAGAAGAAAAAGAUUCAACAGCAAAAGGAAGAGGCUAAACGUUUGCAGGAGAAGAAGAAGCUUGAGCAACAGCAGAAGGAGGCCAUGCUCCAGCAGAAUAAGAAAGAGGAGAAGGAGCUUCUGCAGGCGGAGAAGGAAGCCAAACUGCUGCAGGAGGAGCAGCAGAAGAAGGAGAAGCAUUUGCGGCGGCAGACAGAGGCUCAACUCCAGCAGGAGAAGAAGAAGCAACAGCAAGAGGAAAAGGAAAAAAUGUUAGUGAAGGAGCGGCUCAUGAAGGAGGAGCAGAAAAACCGCGAGAAGCAUGAGAAAGAGGCUAAACUUCUGGAGGAGAAGAAUAAGCUUCGGCAGAAGAAGGAGGAGGCCCAACGCCUGCACGAGAAGAACAAACUCAUGCAGUUGCAGAAGGAGAUGGACCUCAAGCAGAAGAAAAAGGAGGAGAAAGAGCUUCUGGAACAGCAGAGGAAAGCCAAACUUGAGCAGAAGAAGCUGCAGCACAAGAACAAGGACAUCAAACGGCCUCAGGAGCCAAAGGAGCAGAAGGGGAAGCCUGUGCAGCAGAAGACCAAACCCCCGCAGGAGCACCUGGAGGAGGCCAAACCCCCGCAGGAGCACCUGGAGGAGACCAAACCCCCGCAGGAGCACCUGGAGGAGGAGCACCUGGAGGAGGCCAAAUCGCCGCAGGAGCACCUGGAGGAGGCAAAACCCCCGCAGGAGCACCUGGAGGAGGCCAAACCCCCGCAGGAGCACCUGGAGGAGGCCAAAUCGCCGCAGGAGCACCUGGAGGAGGCCCAACUCCUGCAGGAGCACUUGGAGGAGGCCAAACCCCCGCAGGAGCACCUGGAGGAGGCCAAACCCCCGCAGGAGCACCUGGAGGAGACCAAACCCCCGCAGGAGCACCUGGAGGAGGCCAAAUCGCCGCAGGAGCACCUGGAGGAGGCCAAACCCCCGCAGGAGCACCUGGAGGAGGCCAAAUCGCCGCAGGAGCACCUGGAGGAGGCCAAAUCGCCGCAGGAGCACCUGGAGGAGGAGACCAAACCCCCGCAGGAGCACCUGGAGGAGGCCAAACCCCCGCAGGAGCACCUGGAGGAGGCCAAACCCCCGCAGGAGCACCUGGAGGAGGCCAAACCCCCGCAGGAGCACCUGGAGGAGGAGCACCGGGACGAGGAGACGCUCCCUCAGCAGCUGGAGGAGGCCAAACCCCCGCAGGAGCACCGGGACGAGGAGACAGAACCUCAGCAGCUGGAGGAGGCCAAACCCCCGCAGGAGCACCGGGACGAGGAGACAGAACCUCAGCAGGGGCAACUCGUGACAAGAAGGCUUCUGCUGCAGCAGACUCAGGCCAAGCUUGUGCAAAAGCACCAUGAGGAUAAAAAGCUUCGGAAACAGAUGCAGGAGGCCAAACGCCAGCAGGAGCAGCAGGAGCACAGGGAGAAGAUACAGCAGAGGCAGGAGGAGGUGCAAUCCAUGAAGGAAAAGAAUGAGGUUCGGCAACAGCAGAGGAAGGUGAAAAUCAUGCAGGAGAAGGAAGAGCUGCAGGAACAGUUAAGGCUUCAAAAGCAGAAAGAGGAAACAAGGAUCCUUGAGAUCAGGAAGACGGUUCUGCAGCAUAAAGAACAGGGCAAAAUUCAAAAGGACAAGAGGAAACUUCUGCUGCAGCCGAGGGACUUCACACAACUGCAGGAGGAGGACAAAAUUCAGCAGGCACAGCAGGAGGCGGAGCAGGAAGCGAGACUUUUACAGGAGCAGCAGGACCACAGGAAGCCGGGCCUGUACGUACAGGGAGUGUCCAAACCUCUGUAUGACAAGAGUGAGACUCUGCUGAGGGAGAGGACUGUCAACAUCCGGCAGGCGCACCAGGAGAAGAAGGACCUCAAACAGAAGCACAAAGACGCCAAGCUUCACUAUGAGCAGCAGCAGCGGGAGAAAGUGAAGCGACACAAGGAGAAGGCCCAACAACUGCAGGAGCAGAAUAAGACUUAUCAGCAGCACAAGGAGGACACAUUCCAGCAGGCACAGCAGGAGGCGAAGAAGACUCUGCAGCAAAACAAGAAAGCGAGACUUUUACAGGAGCAGCGGCACCACAGGGAGCCGGGCCUGUACGUACAGGGAGUGCCCAAACCUCGGCAUGAGAACGGCGAGACUCUGCUGAAGGAGAGGGACGUCAAAAUCUGGCAGGCACAACAGGAGAAGAAGGACCUCAAACAGAAGCACAACCGAGCCAAGCUUCAGCAGGAGCAGCAGCGGCGGGAGAAAGUUAGGCAGCAAAAGGAAGACACUGAAAAGCUGGAGAGUCUUCACCUGCAGCUGUGCAAGGUGGCCAUCAUCAACAUUCCGCAGCAGGAGGGUGAUCACACUCUCCCAGAGUAA